UGCCCGUACCUCAGCCUGAAGCAGCUGUUCUGACCUGGGCUCUGCUCGCUGUUGCCAUGGCGCGGUGCCUUUGCUUGGCGCUGGCCCUGGCAGGACUCCUGCUGUGCCAGCCGCGCGGCUUCAUUGGCCCCACCAGCCCUUUGCCUGCUGGCCGCACUGCGCCGGCUUCGGCUUCCCACGCCGUUCCGGGCGCAAGCGAGACGUCGGCAGCCUGGGAGACCUCGGCGUCGGAGCCGGCGGCGCUGCGGGCCUUCCUGGCGGCCGGUGCGCUGGGGCUGGCGCUGGGAGUUCUGAGCCCCUCGGCGGCGGUGGCAGACGCGAUUGACGACGAGGUGAACGAGUACAUCAACACCAUGCGGGGCAUGAUCCUGAGGCAACCGGAGGACGACAAGCCCUGGAAGAAGAAAGAGGAGCCUGACGAAGGCACCAAGAAGUUCAAUCUUGAGUACCAAAGGCAAAAUGAGGAGUUUGUCAAGCAAAAGUAUGAGAAGAUGAAGGAGCGAGUCAUCAAUGCCAGGAACGAAAAAGAGCGUGCCAAGGCAAUGAGGGCCAUGAAGGCUGAAGCGCUGACGAGUGCGAUCAGCCUCACUGAGAGUGAGCUGUUGAAAUAGGCGGCCGAAAGCACGACCCUGGUGUCGGUAGCUCUGUUGAUGGCGCGUUGAAUGCGUCGAACCGAGGAGUUCAGGGUGCAGCAGUGUCAGUUUCAACCGGUUGAGCCAUGCCUUCGUGAGGCAUCCC